UAGUCUUUAGAGGAACAAAAAGCUGCAAAAUAAUACUUUAACUGAAAAAAGUGCAAUCCUUAAUUCACAUUUUCAGUAGGAAUAGGUUACAAAAAUACCUGCAGACAGUGUCUCUUUCCAGCAAUUAAAUUAAUUUUCCCUCAUUUCCUUCAUAGACUCUAAGGGAAAAUCCUUGCUCCUGACUCUGCUGUUACCGGGCCAGUAAAUAGUGAUUCAGAUCGCAUGUAACAGGCUGCAGUCAACGACUCAUUUUUUCCGACGACUUCAGGCACCAGAGGAGCGUCGCAGCUCGCACAGACUGCUUCGUCGCUGGCGUUUCUUUGCAAGUUUAGAGAUGCUUCAGGGGGCAGUGACCAAGGCUGUGCUCUGCCUGUCCUGCUGCCUCCUGUUGGGGGUCUGCUUACCAGCAGAGGGUGCAGAACCAGCAGGUCCUCUUCCUACAUUUCCGCCUGAACAAGAGUCAGGGGAACCAGACCUUGAGGACUGGGAGUGGGGCUCUGGAUCAUCUCUUCUGCACCUGCUCCACAGUUUCCCUGCUGACAGCCCCUUCAUAACAGAGACCCCAGGAAAACCAGUUAACUGCACCCAGCGCUUCUGGUUACCACCAUCCUCUGCAAUCUGCUGGGAAAACAUAGCCGGACCCGAGGAGUUUGCAAAGUCCCGUUUGCUUGUUCUGCAAAACAGGGCUGCCCUGCAGGCUGUGUCUACCUCCAGUGGCGUGGAGGAAGGAGGGAUCUCCUAUGACUACCAAGCCAGAGAGGAGGUCCAGGGGAUCCGCUCAGACCACCUGAGUGUGGUAGAAACUAUGCAGACAAUGGAAAAGGUGUUUGUCUCAUUGGAGGAGAAGAGGAAAGAGGGGAAGGAGCAGAGGACCCUCACAGGCAUGAAGGAGCAUCUUGCCAACACAAGGGACAACAUCGAUGGCAGAGAGCACAUGGCAAACCACCUGGAGAAGCAGUUUUCUACUUUAGAGAAUACUCUGCUUAACAUGCAGAUUCGGCUCAACAAACUCAUCCAGCAGUGACAGUGUCAUGUACCCACUGCAUCUUUUUUUCUUCCCUUAUUUGAACUGUAUUUAUAUAUUCAUGUAUUGUACAACAAUGUAGUAAACGCAUGCAUGCUCAGGAUUAUCUAAGUCUGUAGUAAGACGACAAAACACGCUUUAAAUGUACCUUGUUAUGUCAUUAACACACCAACAAAAGUAAAACAUGUAACUUGGAGUUUGCAGAGAUGAAUAAACCUCACAUUAUCAGGGAGAUUUGAUGAACAGGUAGCAGUUAAAUCCAGUUUUAUAUCGCCAGUUUGCAAACACCUUCCAUAUGGAGAUUUCAUGGUCUCAUUAAUAGCCUCUAGUAAAACCGCAAGACACUUGUGAAGCUUGGAACAGAAUAAGUGACUUGUUUAACUUGGUUUAUUUCAAUAUCAAAUCUAAACAACAAAUUUGCAAAUAUAUGAGGAAGAUUCCUUGAAAGGUGGUCAGCUGUUAUAUACACGAAAAUAUUCACAUCUGUUCGGCGGAGUGUGAAUUUUCAUUUGGAAAAGACACAGCAUGUUCAGCUGCUUUGUAAUUAAGCUGGAAAACAGAGGUAUUUGUACUUUCCAUUAGUUUAGAUAACUUUCAAGUAUUUAUGAUUAUCUACUCACAACUCAAACAUGAAAAAACAAAA